AUGCCCCCAAAUGCCCCCAAUCCCCACCCCCGGUGCCCGCAGGUGGACGCCCCCCGCCGGGGCUGCUUGAUCCAGUUCGAGGACAAUUCCCAGUUUUUCGUUCUCUGGAAAGACAUCAGCCCCGCGGCCGUGCCCGGGGACGACCCCUCGUGCUGCGUCUGCGCCGGGAAUUCCCGAAAUCCCGAAAAUUCCCUGGUCCGGUGCGGGAAGUGCGGCCACGCGUACCACCAGCGCUGCCACGCGCCCCCGCCGCCCGGCGGCGCCGCGCCCUGGAGCUGCCGCCGCUGCGUCUUCGCCGUGGCCACCAAGUUCCUGCUGUAA